UACUCUUAUUACGCUCUUACACUGAACCACUGCUCUCGGGAGCACAAACACAGAGGGACAACUGAUGGAAACACUACCAAGUCACCUAGAGAGGGAUAAACUUUGAAAAUGACUGCAGAUUUACAAGAAAACUAACUAAAAGGGGAAACUGCAAUACUUUGUCUCUCCAUGAACUUUGCACUUCAGGACAGUCAAGCUCAUUGGGAACCUCUAAUGCACAGGAUUGUGAGAUUCAGUGAAGGACAACUAUAGUACACACAGUCUGGAGAUGAGAAUGGUACUAUAAGUGCAUCUUUAUCAGUCAUCUGUCGCAAUGCCGAGCUCUACUUACCUCUGCCUGCUGAGGGCAGUUUUCCUGGUGUGUUUUGUUAACCCUUUGAUCCAAGGACUAAGCGGAAAUUCAGAUGUGGUCGAGAAUCCUCAUCAACAGGAAGCGAAUCUCACUGGACUUCCAAUAGUCACAUUUAAAUGGCAUCAUGUUCAGACCCCAUAUCUGGUCAUAGUUUGGGUAUUUGUGGCUGCAUUGGCUAAACUCUCAGUGAUUGAACUAAACCAUCAUGUCAUCAGUAUGUUCCCAGAGAGUGGUCUGCUCAUCAUUGUGGGCUUUAUUUUGGGAGGAAUCGUCUGGGGAGCAGACAAGGCACAGACUUUCAAACUGCUUCCUACCACUUUCUUCUUCUACUUGCUGCCCCAGAUCAUCUUGGAUGCAAGUUACUUUAUGCCCAACAAGCUAUUUUUCAGCAACCUGGGUGCCAUUCUCAUUUACGCCAUCUUCGGAACAUGCUGGAACGCAGCUGCAGUAGGCCUCUCUCUUUGGGGCUGCUAUGAGGCCGGAGUGAUGGGUAACUUGGACAUCGGUCUCCUGCAGUUCCUUUUGUUUGGUAGUUUAAUAGCUGCGGUGGAUCCUGUGGCUGUGAUUGCCGUGUUUGAGGAAGUGCAUGUGAACGAGGUGCUCUUUAUCUUGGUGUUUGGAGAGUCUCUGCUCAAUGAUGGCGUCACAGUGGUGCUUUACAAUGUAUUUGACGCUUUUGUUGCUCUUGGAGGCCCAAUGAUUGAUGCCGGAGAGAUUUUUAAGGGCAUAGUUUCAUUUGUUGUGGUGGCAUUUGGAGGCUCGUUUCUUGGCGUUGUGUUUGCCAUCCUGCUGUCCCUGCUGACCAGAUGCACCAAACACAUUCAGAUCAUCGAAGCUGGCUUUGUCUUUGUGGUGGGAUACCUGGCUUACCUGACAGCAGAGAUGCUCUCCCUCUCUGCUAUACUUUCGAUCACUUUCUGUGGUGUCUGCUGUCAGAAAUAUGUGAACGCCAACAUGGAUGAGAAAUCGGUCACAACAGUUCGACAUGCUAUGAAGGUGCUUGCGAAUGGCUCAGAAACCAUGAUCUUUCUAUUCUUGGGCAUUACAGCCAUCGAUAAGGAGAUAUGGGUUUGGAACACAGGUUUCAUUCUCCUCACUCUCCUCUUCAUCAUUAUCUACAGGAUCAUAGGUGUUUUCUUGUUUACCUGGAUGUUAAACAAGUUCAGAUUGGUUCCCAUCGAGCUCAUUGACCAGGUUGUAAUGAGCUACGGUGGCCUGCGGGGGGCAGUGGCGUAUGGACUAGCAGCCAUGCUAGACGAAAACAAGAUCCCAGAGAAGAAUCUGAUGAUUAGUACCACACUCAUUGUGGUGUAUUUCACUGUCAUUCUUCAGGGAAUCACAAUGAAGCCAUUGGUUCAGUGGCUCAAGGUCAAAAGAGCAGCUCAUUCUGACUUGAAACUUGUUGAGAAACUGAACAAUAGGGCAUUUGACCACAUACUAGCAGCAGUGGAGGACAUUUGUGGCCGUAUAGGAGAUAACUGGUGGACGAGAGGUUGGAAGAGGUUUGAGGAGAUGUAUAUCAGCAGGAUAUUGAUGAAACCUAAGGCCAGAAAAAACAAAGACUACCUCUUUAGUAUCUUCCACAAACUCAAUCUUGAGGACGCUAUAAACUACGUCAGUGAGGGUGAACGCCAAGGUUCUCUGGCCUUCAUUCGUAGUGAUGAAGCAGCCAACAUAGAUUUCAAAAAACAAUUUGAUUCAGAAUUUGCAGAUGUGAUGCCUGAUAUAAUGGUUGAUAUGUCAAAUUGCGAGUUUGGAAUCGAAAAUAAUUCAGUAACCUCCAUUGUAAAAGACACUAUUCCCUCGAUAUCCCUGGACAUCCAUGGGCAAGACAGGAAGAAUGCGGUGGAAGACACCAAUGCCCAUCAUCUUCUACAGCAGCACCUGUACAGGAGCAGAAAGCAUCACCGUCACAAAUACAGUCGCAGCCACUUCGGCAUCAACCAGAGUGAAUACGAGGUACAGGAGAUCUUCCAAAGGACCAUGAGGAGCCGCCUCGAGUCCUUCAAAUCUGCUAAGACGGGUGUCAACCCUGCCAAAAAGAUCACAAAGCACCACAAGAAGGAGCAUCAGAUGACUAAUGGACACCCAGAGGGCGCAGACCAUCUAUAUGGAGAUGAAGUUGACAGUGCUGUGGGUAGUGAGACUGGUGCUGUGAAUAAUACUUUCAUGAGAGGCACAUAUACACCUGGAGCUGGCAUAGAGAAUCCAGCAUUCAUGCCAGAGGUGGACAUUCCUACUCACAGCCCACCCUGGCUAAUGGAAUCUGAGACGGACAUGGCUGUCGCACCUUCCCAGAGGGCCCAGCGACGUCUGCCCUUGACGCCCAACAGACUCCGGCGUCUUGCACCCAUGAGGAUCAGCAACUGCUCCACGGACUCCUUCCUGAUGGCUGAUGUUUCUUUAUCUCUAGAGGAGAAUGAGGAACAGCCCCAAGGAGACCAUGACGAAAUACGACCAGUCUUUGAUUAGAUACUUCAGGACGAUUAGGCGGCAUGUCACAAAGGACAUCCACAGACAUGACAGUGCCCGUACUGUCUACAGAUUUCCAAUUUACAAAACGAGGUGGAACUGGCGAAUUGCUGCAGGAAAUCCCACCGAAAGAAUGAAACCAUGGAUGUUUCCAGCACUAAUUUAGGAUCCAUUUAGGGCAACAUACUCAUGUACUACUGUGUGCGCAGAGUAGCUGGAUGAUGGUUUGUCAAAACAUUUUUCUACCUGUGUUUCCCAUUGGAAAAAGGGAGUAUGGGCUUUGAAGAAGUUUUAUUAUGCUUUUCUUUCUUUAGUGUAUAAUGUUGCUGUUUAAGCAUGAAAAAGGUCUGUCCAAAGUCCACUCCAAAGGAAGUUAUUCUCUAUACCAGUAAACACUCUUUCUCCCAUGAAAUACCUCCAUUGUAGUCUUAUAUUGUAGACAAUAUUCUACAUUUAAAUAACUCCCGCCCAAAUCAUGUGCAAAAAAGGGGCAAGGCCUGGUUGAGUAUUGAAUCUUGCAGUUGCGGCAAGCGGCGCGAUAUUUCCGUAACACGCUGGAAGCGUUUGACCAAUCACAACACACUGGUCCAACCGACCAAUGCAGAGCACAUUGCACUUUUUGGAAAGAGGAACUUCACUGAGAAAGGAACUAAACAGAGCAUUACUGACAGACCUCUGAAGAGAGGUGUAAAAUAUGUGAAAAAUAAUGUCUUUUGAACAUUCAAGCAUGAAAACUUAUUCUAGCAGACCCCAAAAACAAAAUCAAGACUUUGGAAAAGGGCAUUAUAGGUCCCCUUUAAAAUAGCCAAUAACCUUCAGUUUACAUCACAUCCAUAAAGAUUAUAUUCACCUUGUUAUUUCUAGUCAGUUUUUAAAUGCAUUCUGUAUAUUUGCUGAAAGGGUAUUCUUGUCAACUUUUACUGAAGGAGUACACUAGCCUAUAGAAAGACCACAAAACAAUUUGUAUUUCAUAGGUUUGAUUUAAUUUGAUUUCUUAACAAAAUGGUUUGAGGGGGAAAGGUUGAGAAGACAGGGAUGUAUUUUGUGCAAUAAUGUUGAUAUAGUGAGGGCAAAGCCAUUUUGUCUUUUUCAAGAUUCACCUUGUGGUUUAAUUUUUAAUGGCACUUUACUACAGUGAUGUCACCUGUGCAAGGCACAUUCUUCCCUGCACUGCAAUAUGAUAAGUAUAUUAAUAUGGAAGGUAUUAAGUAAAUAAUUAUAUCAAGUGAGUGUUUAUUCCUCUGGAAACUUGUAGAAAUCAAUGGAGGUGUUAGUAUUUUAGUCUGUGACUGAUGUGGUAAUUGUUAUAAACUCUGUGCAUGGAAAUAUUUUUAAUCAAUUGGUUUUAUCUUGUCAUUCAAAUAAUGCAUUUCUCUGGGCAUUUUACUUUCUUUUAUGGGAUUAAUAAAGUAUUUAUCAACAUUUCUAUUUA